ACUGUAAUGAUUACACAAAAUCAGGAUUCAUUUUUUCAACGACGUCAAAUAUAAGUAACACACCUUAACUUUCGAAUACACCUUAAUCUCGAGAGAGCCAUUUUAUUUUCCUUGCUUGCAAAGGAUGGUUGAACUCUCAAUGAUACUAGCAAGUAGCAAUAACAACAUGGUGGGUUUGGACUUGGACCAACAGGCUAGCCGUGAAAAAUGGCAAACUACUCGAUCUGCCCAACUUUGACACAAAAAAACUGGCUCAGUUUUUAGUUCACAGUAUUCCACCGACCGACAGUUUCUACUAAUAUUUUUGCAUCUCACGAGGUGGAUUAUAUAUUAUUUUUGAGGGAGUAUUAUGCUACUGCUGCUGCAGUCUUAUUUUUACAUGUUCAGAUCAGUCAAACAUGACCCAGAAAUCGAAAUAAAAAUACAACCACCUUGUUAUACAACAGUUGGAAGUCAGUUACAACUUAUUACAAUUUGAUUGGUACAGAAAGAUCAAGUUUUUUUUUUUAACACAAAAUUCAAAAAUUGGACGGUGCACAUGAGAAAAGAGCAGAGCAGUCAGCAAGCAGCUGGGCGGUGUUAAUGAACAGUUGGGGAUUUUACUGGCGCCGGUAGGAAAGGGCGCCGGGUUGAGAGGAACACCACCACCAACACCCACCUCAUGCUUUUUCUAGUUGGAAAUUGAUAGUUAAACAAUUGUAGGUGAAAUAAGUGCACAUAAAGAGUGGAUGUGUUGAGUGAAUUCAUACUCUAUCUCUUAUAUAAUUUAGUCGUGCAAUAUUCCGAUCAUUCAACGAAAUAACAAAAACUCGAUCGAAGAGAGUCUACAAGACAAGAGACUUCUGUAAGGCUGUAACAACAAUGGUGGGGGGCUAUAGUGGGGGGGGAGGGGCAAUUCGGAGCAAUUGUUGGAAACAUAAGUAAAUUUUGAAACAUAUAUGAGAGAUAGAACGGUCGCUACUCGCUAGGACAUUGCUCAGCUCCACCCACUCAUCACCAGCGGCGGAUCCAGAACACAGAAGUGCACUGGGCCGCAUUUUAUUAAAAAAUUAGAGUAGUAAAAAAAUAUAAUGAUUAUAAUUUUUUUACAAUGUAAAUUGUACACGACGGUAUUUUAAUUUAGCGAAUGCAUUAAUAAUGGAGUCCACAUCCAUACCAAUAGUAUACACUGUUUCAAAUAAAAUACUUGAGCAAUCGACUAGAAAUCCAUCGCUCAUUUUGUUACGCAAAUCAAUUUUCACAUGUUUCGUUGUUGAAAAGGUUCUAUUCGUAUUAGCUGUUGAAACGAGGAGCAUCAACACUAGACAAAUCAAUCUACUAAUCAAUUUGCAUUGUGAUUCCAUCCCUAUAUCCACCAGCUGCUCUAGUAAAUUUUCCAAGGUAACAAACCUCAUAUAUGUUUUAGUCUUUUACGUUUUAAACUUUUUGAAUUUUUAGGUUUCAUUAUUUUUUUAGACGAAUAACCUUUGGGGUUAGAAUUUAUAAGCUAAAUUUAGAGUAGUGAUUUUGAAUAUGUUCAUCUGAAUUAUUUUUCUAAUUAUACCCAAUCUUAUUUUAAACUAACAACGACCCGAAUAUCUAAAAUCGAAAAAUUUAUAAGGCCUAUACUAACUAUGGAUCCAGAGGAGGGCUGGGCCGGGGCCCGGGGUGGCCACCCCCUGGAUCCGCCACUGCUCAUCACCUACACAUUUCCUUGCUCGUUCAGUACAUUUUGAAACAUAUAGAUGAGAAAAGGAACGGUCUCUACUUAUUAUGGCUAAAUGGCGAACUACGUACUUUUAAUCUUAUCAUGACACAACAUACAUGUUCAUACUGUGGAUUACAUUUUAAUCGAGAAUCCCCAAGGCAAAACUCUAGCUAAUGGCAUAAAGAAGGAAAGAAGACAAAAUAGCAAAAAGACAAGGCUGAGAGACAAAAGACAAGACCAGGCACCUGACAUCAGCAAGGACAAGGGGCAGGGGGACACCCUCUGUCAAAAAGUACCAUGUACAGUGUCAGAAGGUCUGAGGCGCCCGACCACAGCAUUUAUGGCUUGGCAGGUGCCCAGACCACUACCUAACCCUCAAAUGUGUAUAAAUAAGAGUUCUCUCCUCAUAAAUGACGAUCUAUCUACUCUUACUCUAACUUCUCUCUACUUUCUCUCUCUAUAUACUUCUUCACUUUUCUCACUUCAGCUGAGGUGGGGCGCCUACCCCCUCAAAGUCAUGUCUGACUCCCCAAACCCCUUGGACCCGAGUGACGCACAAUCGCCCGGACUCAUACAGUUUGUUUUAUUGAAACCCUAUAAACUUAAUUAGAAGAUUCAAAAUCAAUAUGAACAUUUCUCAAGAACCAAACUGAGCACCAACAACUAGUAAAAGCACCUAGCUAGCAUUAGCAUGCACCUUUUGCAAGGAAAACAAAAGGGGUCUAAAGCCCUAAACAACAAGAAAACAACACAUCAUAAAGGGGGGAAAAGGGAAGCAUGCAACCAAGCAAAGAGUUGAUGGGCAGAUCAGCAGAGCCUUGAUCAAAACCCUCCAUUUGGUCAAAAUCUCUCUGCCUGCCUGCCCUUCUUCUUCUCCAAUCUCAGUACUACUGAAUCAGUGUGCGUUUGUUUGUCGGGUGGGAAAUUAAAACCUCUCUCUUUCUUCUGCAAAUCUCAUCUUCCGUCACUUUCUUUUGUAUGUUUUUCUACACUACAAGCAAAAAUGGCCAUACCAUAUAUACUAUAUUCAAUGAAAAAUGAUGAUAAUAAUAAUAAUGAUGAUCAAAAUCCCAUCCAUUAUCAAGUCAUUGCGCUUUCAACACUUGUUUUCCUCCCUCGCAAAACAGUCCAUGGUGUGAGUUGAAAGCAUGAGAGAACAAAAGGUGAAUGACAAAUGGGUAGUCAUGUCCUAAUAGCGUAGUCAUAGUUGUCUACGUAUCACCAAUUCCUUCUCAUGUGUAUCGCUAACUUUUUUCUUAUCUCUUAUGAAUUAACAAAAAAUUUCAUAAAAUUUGAUCGACUUGGUGUCUGAUGUGCAAUCUAACUCCAUUUAAAUCAUGCACCAUGAAAAGCCUCCACGAUCUUGAUUAUAUUGAAUAUAUUAGUAAAUGGUUUACUCAUCAUAAUGGAAAAUUUCAUAUACACCCAGUUUUUUUUUUUUUUUGAAGAGAGGGAGGCAGAAGCCAGAGACCAAUUACAAAGUCAAUCCCCAACAAAAAAGUCCCUGAUUGACAUCAGUAGACUGGGGGAAGGGAACCCACAAAAAGGGACAGUCUAAUAAACAAACCGAAAGAUCCCGAGCCAUCUACCCGGCUGCAAACUACAACCAAGAAAACCAGCUACUCAGUAUUCUGUAUAACCCUUCGGGGAAAGCUAACCCCAAUAAUGUCCUCUCGCAAAAAAUGUUCCAGCUCUCGUGGGGGAUUCGUUAACUCGCACGUACCGAAGGGAUAGACGAGACUGUGCUUCGAGAGCCAGUCCGCGACUCUAUUCCCCUCUCUAUACGUGUGAACUAACUGCACCACCCAAUUCUGGGAAAUCAAACGUCUAAUGGCAUAUACACCCUCUUUAGUUAGUUACCAAGUUAAGGGACUUUGGGACGAAGAAGUUAUGGUGAUUUCAAGUAAUAUAUCUUUGAGCUAGAUCAAGUUCUCGUUGGUCUUAUCGUGGAGUAAGAUCAUGCAAUGAGUCUAUAGGAAAAACCGCUACGAUAGUGAUUAUAUUGAAUAUGAUUAGUAAUGAAAAAUGCCAUAUAAACCCUCUCUAUUUAGCUACCAAAUCAGGGGACUAUGGUUUCAAGUAAUAUAUCUUUAGAGUUAAAUCAAGUAUUGGCGGGUCUUAUUACUAUGGAAUAAGAUCAUGUAACGAGUCUUUAACCUAAGCUAAACCGUGGCUAUGUAAUCAUUUUCAUUAUUCUUUAGGAGUUGACAUGUUAACCUUCGAAAAUUGGCCAAGAUCAUAAUGAAGAUGAAUAAAGCGAUUAUUAUAAUUAUUCUUGAUUUAUGUCACAAAUCAAAAUUUAAGGACUGACUAGUCAAUUACCAAAGAGUUGAGUGGCCAUUUCUUUAAUUGACCCACGACUGAAGUGAGCGAGAAUGGGAGGUAGAUAAAAAAGCGGGAGCAGAGUGGGAAAGCAAGAAAACCAGAAGAGGAAAGAGAGAGAGAGAGAGAGAGAGAGAGAGAGAGAGAGAGAGAGAGAGAGAGAAGUGGUGGUGGUGGUGAGGUGAGUGAGGCUAUGGAGGUUUUUCCUUUUUCCCUUUUGUUUUCUUGUUUGCAAUUAUAAACCUUCCACAGGCAGAAGAAAGAGACAGAGAGAGGAGUGAGAGAGGAAGGAGGAGACUUUCCAAACCCCUCUUCUCUUUCUUCAAUCCCUCUACAUAAAUAAAUGUCACAAGACGAAGAUCCGAUUGAGCAGUGGAAAUGGUCUGAAAUGCAAGGCCUUGAGCUCGUCUCUGCGCCUCCCACUCCUUCUCUAGCCCCCAAUUCAUCUUCUUCACCACACGAACAAGACAAACAAUCAGUCACCGUAGAGAGACGAGAAAUGGAAAGCGGCAGCAAUAGCAAUGAUACUAGUAGUAGUAACAAGAAGGAGAAUGUCGGCUCCGGCGGGGGCAGGGUCGCCGGCGAUGGAGGGGAGAAGACAGGGAAAGUCACCGCCGUCGGGUUCAAGGAGCUAUUUAGAUUUGCCGAUGGAUUGGAUUACGUGUUGAUGGGAAUUGGGUCGGUAGGCGCUUUCGUCCAUGGAUGCUCUCUUCCCCUGUUCCUCCGAUUCUUCGCCGAUCUCGUUAACUCGUUUGGGUCUAAUGCCAAUGAUAUGGAUAAGAUGACCCAGGAAGUUUUGAAGUAUGCUUCCUAUUUUCUGGUUGUUGGUGCAGCAAUCUGGGCAUCCUCGUGGGCAGAGAUUUCAUGUUGGAUGUGGACUGGUGAGAGGCAAACGACGAAGAUGAGGAUUAAGUUUUUGGAAGCAGCUUUGAACCAGGACAUUGAGUAUUUCGACACCGAAGUUCGGACCUCCGACGUCGUUUCCGCCAUUAACACCGAUGCAGUUACAGUCCAGGACGCCAUUAGCGAGAAGCUGGGCAAUUUCAUCCAUUACAUGGCGACUUUGGUUUCCGGGUUCGUGGUGGGAUUCACAGCCGUAUGGCAGUUAGCUCUGGUAACUCUGGCCGUCGUUCCUCUCAUUGCUGUAAUCGCAGCUAUUCACACGACUACGCUCGCUAAGCUCUCCGCCAAGAGCCAGGAAGCUCUGUCGCAAGCUGGGAAUAUCGUCGAACAGACAGUAGUUCAAAUUCGGGUUGUGUUGGCGUACGUCGGAGAAUCGAAAUCGCUCCAGGAUUACUCAGCGGCGUUGAGAACCGCCCAGAAGCUGGGGUACAAGAGUGGAGUGGCCAAAGGACUUGGACUCGGCGGGACUUACUUCGUCGUCUUCUGUUGCUACGCGCUUCUUCUCUGGUACGGCGGGUACCUCGUCCGGCAUAAUUACACCAAUGGCGGCCUCGCCAUUUCCACCAUGUUCGCCGUCAUGAUUGGAGGACUGGCAUUGGGACAAGCUGCCCCUAGCAUGAGCGCAUUUGCGAAAGCCAGAGUCGCCGCAGCGAAAAUCUUCCGCAUAAUCGACCACAAACCGGCGGUGAAUCGGAACAGCGAGUCAGGGGUCGAGCUAGACUCAGUCACCGGUUUAGUAGAGCUGAAAAACGUGGAUUUCUCUUACCCAUCAAGGCCAGAUGUUCGGAUCCUCAACAACUUCUCGCUCACUGUUCCCGCCGGAAAGACCAUAGCUUUAGUCGGCAGCAGCGGCUCCGGCAAGAGCACGGUGGUUUCCCUAAUCGAACGGUUCUACGAUCCUGAAUCAGGCCAAGUGCUGCUAGAUGGGCACGACAUCAAGACAUUGAAGCUGAGAUGGUUGAGGCAGCAAAUAGGGCUAGUGAGCCAAGAGCCAGCCCUGUUUGCAACCUCCAUUAGAGAGAAUAUACUGCUGGGAAGGCCAGAUGCUGACCAGGUUGAGGUUGAAGAAGCUGCAAGAGUUGCCAAUGCUCAUUCAUUCAUCAUCAAGUUACCAGAUGGCUUUGACACUCAGGUGGGAGAGAGAGGGCUGCAGCUCUCAGGUGGGCAGAAGCAGAGAAUAGCUAUAGCGAGGGCAAUGCUGAAGAACCCUGCGAUUCUUCUCCUCGACGAGGCAACGAGUGCGUUGGAUUCUGAAUCUGAGAAACUCGUGCAGGAAGCUCUGGACAGGUUCAUGAUAGGAAGGACUACCUUGGUCAUUGCCCACCGGCUAUCGACCAUUCGGAAGGCUGACCUCGUAGCAGUUCUCCAGCAAGGUUCUGUCACUGAAAUUGGGACCCAUGACGAGCUCUUUGCCAAGGGAGAGAAUGGUGUUUAUGCCAAGCUUAUUAGGAUGCAGGAGGCAGCACACGAGACAGCGAUGAACAAUGCUAGAAAGAGCAGUGCCAGGCCAUCGAGUGCUAGGAACUCUGUUAGCUCGCCAAUCAUUGCACGAAACUCCUCCUAUGGCCGCUCUCCAUACUCCCGUCGCCUCUCCGACUUCUCCACCUCGGAUUUCAGCCUCUCGUUAGACGGCAUGCAUCCAAGCUACCGCCAUGAGAAGCUCGCGUUCAAGGAGCAGGCCAGCUCCUUCUGGCGACUCGCCAAGAUGAACUCUCCCGAGUUGGGCUAUGCAUUAGUUGGAUCAAUAGGCUCGAUCAUCUGUGGGUCCCUCAGCGCCUUCUUUGCAUACGUGCUGAGUGCCGUCAUGAGUGUCUAUUACAGCCCCAGCCAUGCUUACAUGAUCAGAGAAAUCGCCAAGUACUGCUACUUGCUCAUCGGCCUCUCGUCGGCUGCCUUAAUCUUUAACACUCUGCAGCAUUCCUUCUGGGAUAUUGUUGGAGAGAAUCUGACCAAGAGGGUGAGGGAGAAGAUGCUUGCAGCUGUGCUUAAAAAUGAAAUAGCAUGGUUUGAUCAGGAGGAUAAUGAGAGUGCCAGAAUUGCUGCGAGAUUGGCUCUUGAUGCGAACAAUGUUAGAUCAGCAAUUGGAGAUAGAAUAUCGGUGAUUGUGCAGAAUACUGCACUCUUGCUGGUCGCUUGCACUGCAGGUUUUGUCUUGCAGUGGAGGCUUGCCCUUGUGCUAAUAGCUGUCUUCCCCGUGGUUGUUGCAGCUACUGUUUUGCAGAAAAUGUUCAUGCAAGGCUUCUCAGGGGACCUAGAAGCAGCCCAUGCAAAGGGCACACAGCUGGCAGGCGAGGCCAUAGCCAACUUGAGAACAGUUGCAGCCUUCAACUCCGAGUCCAAAAUCAUUGGCCUCUUCUCCAGCAACCUCGAAGUCCCUCUCCGGAGAUGCUUCUGGAAGGGACAGAUUGCUGGAAGUGGAUACGGCAUAGCUCAGUUCGCUCUCUAUGCCUCUUACGCUCUUGGCCUUUGGUAUGCAUCUUGGCUUGUGAAGCACGGCAUCUCGGACUUCUCCAAAACAAUCCGAGUCUUCAUGGUCCUCAUGGUCUCUGCCAAUGGUGCCGCCGAGACCCUCACUCUAGCUCCGGACUUCAUCAAGGGAGGUAGAGCCAUGCGCUCCGUUUUCGAGCUACUUGAUCGCAAGACUGAGAUCGAACCGGACGAACCAGACUCCAUUCCAGCCCCUGACAGGUUGCGCGGAGAGGUGGAGCUGAAGCAUGUUGACUUCUCCUACCCAAGUCGCCCAGAUAUCCCUGUGUUCAGGGAUAUCAGCUUGAGAGCUAGAGCUGGCAAGACCAUGGCUCUUGUGGGACCCAGUGGGUCCGGCAAGAGCUCAGUCAUUGCAUUGGUACAACGCUUCUACGAUCCAUCGUCAGGGCGAGUGAUGAUCGACGGGAAGGACAUUCGGAAGUAUAAUCUGAAGUCUUUGAGGCGGCACAUUGCUGUAGUGCCUCAGGAACCAUGCUUAUUUGCCACCACCAUUUAUGAGAACAUCGCCUAUGGCCACGACUCAGCAUCCGAGGCUGAGAUCAUUGAGGCAGCGACUCUAGCAAAUGCCCACAAGUUUGUCUCUUCAUUGCCCGAUGGGUACAAGACAUAUGUAGGGGAAAGAGGGGUGCAAUUGUCUGGCGGGCAGAAGCAGAGGAUCGCCAUUGCUCGUGCCUUGCUGAGGAAGGCAGAGCUCAUGCUGCUUGACGAGGCAACGAGUGCAUUGGAUGCAGAAUCGGAGAGGUCAGUCCAGGAGGCUCUUGACCGAGCUUGCUCGGGGAAGACCACGAUCAUCGUGGCUCACAGGCUGUCUACUAUACGAAAUGCUAGUACCAUUGCUGUGAUUGAUGAUGGGAAAGUGGCUGAGCAAGGGUCUCAUUCGCAUCUACUGAAGAACUUCCCUGAUGGGAUCUAUGCUCGGAUGAUUCAGUUGCAGAGGUUUACACAAGGACAGGUGAUUGGAAUGACAUCCGGUUCGAGUUCUUCAACUCGGCCUAAGGAUGAUGAAGAGAAGGAAGCCUAGUCUGGUUCAAAAAGAGAGAGAAAUGCCAGUAAGAGUACAUUUCCCAGAUACCCCAUUUGCCAUUUCCCCCUCUUUCGGGUUCUUUUGGUCUUCAGUUUCUGAGUAGCAUGGUAUAGCAGCAGUAUGGAAUGUGUAUUAUCUAAUUUUUCUUUUUACUUCUACAUAUAUUAUAUAUGGUCUAAUCUUCUGAGAAAAAAUCUUUCAUGGGUAAAUGUUUAAACAUGAAGAACAACUUUUUGACAAGAAUGAAAGUACAGCGAGUGAUGUAUUUACUGUAUGAGGUAGUGUGGUCCAACGGAACUUGUUUGAAGUUGAACCCUACUAAAAGACAGUGACUUUGGGAUUUGAUUGAUUGGGAAGGAAUAUGGAAGGGUGCAUUGUUAGGAUUCCAUCAUAUCCCUGAAACAGUGAUUGGUGAUGGAGUGGGGAAGCAACAAUAAUGGAGAUGGGUGACCUGCAGACCUUGGAGCUUAAAAAGAUGAGAAACUUCUAUGUCCGAAAAAUUGACUGAUAUCAAAAUCAAUGUUUUCCUCAGAUGGGUUUUUUUCUUUUGGGGGAAAAUGUUGAGAUUACCCAAUCCUAGUCCCAUAUGGAUUACCAUCCCUGUUUUAGAUGCUUGUUGUGGGGAACCAAAUUAUUGCAGGAACUUUCACUUGGUGGGUACACACAAGACACAAAAGUGUUCUGUGCUUUGAAAGCCAAGAUAGCAAAAGAAGAUUGAAGGAGAAAUGGAGUGGAAGGUGAAAGGGAUUAUGGGAUUGAAUUAUGUUGUUGUAGACAAGCGUGGGAAGUGGAAGGCGAUUUUUGUUUAAGGAAAGCAAUUGGGAGAAAUGACAAAUGCGAUGAUGAUGGUGUUUUCAUGGGAUGCUUCUUUUUGGAGUUGUGGUGGGUUGCCACCACCUCUCAUCUCUUUUCUUUGAUGAAAGGACAAGUGAAAAGAGGAAGAAGAGUUGACAAAGAGGAAGAGUUAAUAAGACAUAAGAGGUCUU